AUGGGUCAGAAUCAGUCCGGCCUGGGAGGCGGUCCUCCAGGCGGUCCAGGCGACGACAAGAAGAAGAGCGGCGACAAGAAGGAUAAGCCCAAGUACGAGCCACCGCCGCAGCCCACAACUCGCAUCGGCCGCAAGAAGAAGAAGCAGGCGGGUCCCAACGCCGCAGCGAAACUCCCGACCGUCUAUCCAACAGCGCGAUGCAAGCUCCGAUAUCUACGAAUGCAGAGAGUGCACGAUCACUUGCUGCUGGAAGAGGAGUUUGUCGAGAACCAAGAGCGGAUAAGGAAGGCAAAGGCAAACAACCAGGCACAACCACAAACAUCCGGCGGCGACAGCGAGGCCAUGGACAGGAACGCUGACGAGCGGAGUCGAGUGGAUGACAUGCGUGGCUCGCCGAUGGGAGUUGGUAACCUCGAGGAGCUCAUCGACGACGACCACGCCAUUGUUUCCUCUGCUACUGGACCCGAGUACUAUGUUUCCAUCAUGUCUUUCGUGGACAAGGACUUGCUGGAGCCUGGCGCAUCGAUUCUGUUACAUCACAAGAGCGUGUCCGUGGUCGGUGUGUUGACAGACGAUGCCGAUCCUGCCGUAUCAGUGAUGAAGCUUGAUAAGGCGCCUACGGAGAGCUACGCGGACAUCGGAGGACUCGAGACACAGAUUCAGGAAGUUCGCGAAGCUGUCGAACUGCCACUGCUACACCCCGAGCUGUACGAGGAGAUGGGUAUCAAGCCGCCAAAGGGUGUCAUUCUUUACGGUGCACCAGGUACUGGCAAGACCCUCCUCGCCAAAGCUGUCGCCAACCAAACCUCUGCCACCUUCCUCCGUAUCGUCGGUUCUGAACUUAUCCAGAAAUACCUCGGUGACGGUCCUCGACUCGUACGACAACUCUUCCAGACCGCUGCCGAGAACGCACCUGCGAUCGUGUUCAUCGAUGAGAUCGAUGCCAUCGGUACGAAGCGUUACGAGAGUACAAGCGGUGGUGAGCGUGAGAUCCAGCGAACUAUGCUUGAGCUUCUCAACCAGCUUGACGGAUUCGACGACCGUGGUGAUGUCAAGGUCAUCAUGGCAACGAACAAGAUCGAGACGCUCGACCCUGCUCUCAUUCGCCCCGGCCGUAUCGAUCGAAAGAUUCUCUUCGAGAACCCAGACCAGGUCACAAAGAAGAAGAUCUUUACACUACACACAAGCAAGAUGAACUUGAACGAGGACGUGGACUUGGACGAAUUCAUCAACCAGAAGGACGACCUGAGUGGUGCGGACAUCCGAGCUAUCUGCUCAGAGGCAGGUCUGUUGGCACUCAGAGAGCGAAGAAUGAGGGUGAACAUGACAGACUUCCGAGCAGCGCGUGAGAGUGUGCUGAAGACGAAGACGGAGGGUGAGCCGGAAGGCUUGUACUUGUAG